UCCUCCUCAUCAUGCCUUCAUGCUUUUAUCUCUUAGAACUGUGAGUCAUUUGUGAAUGAGUUUUCCCUGAGCAGAAUUCUAGACUGAAUGUCAGGGGGGAGAGAGGUCUCUCCCUGACUCCCAGUCUCAAAGGGGAGACAAGAUAUACAAACACAACCAUAAACAGGCAUGCCCCCCCUCAAACAUAUAAAGGAACUCCACAACCACAAAUAAGAAAGGUGGAUUUCGGGCACACCAAUGCAAAGGCAACUCAGAAGGAAAGCAAUGGUCGGAACUGGAUGGGAGUAACCAAGGAACGCAUCCUGGAGAAAACAAGGGACUUACUUGACUGACCAAAGAACUCAUUUUCCCUUUUCAGGAAUUCUGACCGGGCCUGAGGUGCCAUCAUGAGCCUCCUUCACCUUUCAUUUCUGGCUGUUGGAUUCCUGGUUCUGGCUCUCUGUCAUUGGGAUGUCAAGGUACCAGACAUCCUCUAUGCUUGGGAAGGCACCUGUGUUCAGAUCCCCUGCAGCUACAAGUUCCGCAACAUCCAAACACUAGAUCACUUUAUCUUGUACCACGAGCCUCAGUUUGAUGACGUGAAGAAGACAUUCUAUGGGAGAAUCCUCUUUGACAUGCUCGAUUCCAGUAAGAACAACAGGACACAAUUUCUGGGAUACCGAAAAAAUGACUGUAGCAUGCUCAUCCGUCCGGUCCAGGUCGCUGACAGUGGGAAGCUGGGCCUGAGGAUGAUAGCCCAGGGAGACAAAUGGAUGAAGUGUAUGCAACUCAAUGUCACUGAGUCUGCACCUCAGCCACACAUUCAGCUCCCCCAGCGGCUCCAAGAGUUCCAAACAGUAACCGUGACCUGCUUUCUGAACUACUACUGUCCUGAGUAUCCCGUGAGCUUGCUCUGGUUCCUGGAUGGGCAGGAGGUUCUGUCGGGCCAGGUCGAGAACUCAUUGGAAGCCAAGAGGGUCUUGACGGAGAGCAAAUUCACAUUCAGUCUCAACUGGACUCACCAUGGCAAGAAGCUGGCUUGCCAACUCCGGCACACCGAUGAGCAGCAUCUCUCUGAGAAGAUUGUGUGGCUGGAUGUAAAGCAUACCCCAAAGAUAACCAUUGAGGCAAGUCCCCACCUAGAAGUGAAGGAGGGAGAAUCAGUAACUCUGAAGUGUCUGCUCCAAAGCAGCAACCCCACAAUCCAAGGCGAUUUCUUCUGGUUCAAGGAUGGAACGAAUGUGCAGAAUUGGGUUGAAAUUCUGACUCUGUCCAAUGUGAAUUGGCAACAGGCUGGAAACUACCAUUGUGAGGCAGAGAAUGAAAUGGGCCGGGGGAGAUCAGAACCAGUGCACCUGCAAGUCCUAUAUUCCCCCAAGCUUUCCAAGGUUCUGCCUGCUGACCUCAGUGUGAUAGAGAACAAGACUGCGGAGCUGACUUGUAUGACAGUUGCCUACCCUGCUCCAACCAAUUAUACCUGGUACCAAGAUGAGAAGCAGAUGCUGGGAGAGACGAAACAGAAGCUCACGUUUCAAGAGGUCAACCGGCAGCAAACUGGCCAGUACACCUGCCUGGCUGGGAACAGUGAGGGCUGGAGUGAAGUCAGUGAGAGAGCCAGGCUGGAUGUUCAGUAUCCCCCCACUGGGGUGACCAUUACUAUCAGUAGCCAGAUACCAAUCCGAGAAGGGGACUCUGUGAUCCUUUCCUGUUCCUACAAACAAAGUAACCCUGCUGCCAACAGAUAUUUUUGGGAGCCACACUUCUCUCAAAGAGCCAGAUCCUUUUCCAAUGUUUUUACCAUCCGGAACAUACCCUGGAAUGCCGAGCCAAUCACCUGCUGGGCCUGCAACAUUGAAUGUUCCCAAGCAACCCCUGUCAACCUGGAUGUACACUAUGCCCCAAGAGAUGUUAAAAUCAUUCUGGUAACUCCCAAAUCUGACAUCCGGUCUGGAGAUCAAGUCCAACUUCAAUGUGACUUCAGCUCCAGUCACCCAAGAAGUGUUCAUUAUUCCUGGACUCAAAAUGGAAAACACUUCCAUGAUGGAAGGUACCUGAAUUGGAGCUCUAUCUCCCCAGAAGACUCUGCGCUAUAUAGCUGCUCUGUCACCAACUCUAUCGGACAAACCCAGUCUCAGGAAUGGGACCUGAAAGUCCAGUAUGCACCCAGACACCUGCAAGUGUCCAUUGUCCCAGGUGACGUGGUGAUGGAGAAGACAAGAGUGGUCCUGACCUGUGAGGCUGAUGCUAAUCCAGCCAUUGACCUUUAUGCCUGGUUUGACUGGAAAGGGCAAAAGAUUGAUAACUAUGGUCAGAAGCUGACCUUGUGGAGUGUGAUGACCCACCAAUCCGGGGCCUAUUGGUGCCAAGGGGCCAACAAGCUGGGCACGGGGAAGUCAAGUCCUGUCGUUCUCACCGUCUAUUACAGCCCAGAGACCAUUGGCAAGAGGACUGCCUUGGGGCUCGGGGUGUGCCUGGCUCUCCUCCUCCUGGCCCUGCUGGGGUUCCAGUCUGUCCGAUGCUGGCAGAGGAUCAGAGGAGAGCAGGACUUUCAGGCGAGACCCAGCAGACAGGGCUCUUUCUUUAUCAGGAAUAAGAAAAUAAGGAGGCCCCACUCCGCAGCAGCUCCCCAAUCCUUGGGUUAUUACAAUCCUGCAGUGGAGGGGAGGAUCAAUUAUGCUACCUUACAGUUUCCUGAGAGGCCUCUGUAUCUGGAGCCCUCAUCAGUUAGUCUUCAGACUGAGGAUCAAAGUGUUACCUAUUCUGUGGUGCAGAAACCCCGUGGGGGGGAUUAUGAGAAUGUGACACCCCAGUCUCCUCCCGAAGAAGAAGGAUUACAUUAUUCUGAACUAAUUCAUUUUGGGGAGGGUGUGAGGCCCUCCGUGCGAGAAGGGGUGGAGUAUGUGACUCUGAAACAUUGACAAUGCAGAUAAAGAAGCCUCAUGACUGGCCGGCCUUUCAUGGGGGCAACAUGAAGGAAUGGGUGACUAGUGCCUAGGACUGUGCCUGUCUGAUCAGCUGCUCAGUGGUCUGUCAUACCUUACCCUGCAAAAAAGCUGUGAAGUUUCUAUCCAUGACUUAAGAGAAGGCCUCCUGGCACCUCCACUGUGGUCCCUUCCUUCUGUGCUCUGACAGCUCCAAAAGCCUGUGUUUGGUCCCUGCCCUUCCUACCUAUCUACAUGGGGGUGUACACACAUGGAUAACAUGCUCCAAGCCCCACCCCCACCCCCACUUCUCUCCAGUCACUUCCUUUAACAUCUGUAGACUCAAGCCGUUCCCACCUCAUUCUCAUCUAUCCUUUCUUCCUCUCCCUAACUGAAUCCCAAUGCCCACCUUAGCUUCCAUGUCCCAUGAAGUCCUCAUGUCAAAGAGAGGAUCCAGACUGUGCUCAGGUUAGAGAUAGGCAGUGACCACUAAGGGAACUGAGUUCUCUCUGUUAGUCCCUUCCCUAAAACCUUAAUUCAGUUUCUAAUCACCCAGCCUCUACCCCUGCUAAUGCAAAAGGUUAGGGGAAUGUUACUGCUGAGACAGACAGAAAGAAAUAAAAACAUGGAUGGACUGUAA